GAUAGCGUCUCCGUCCGCAUACCUUUCUUCUCUCCGCGCGGCCGUUGCGGGCGCCAUCCAAAAGUAGUGUCAGCAGAUGCGAGUCGGCGUUCGAAUCGCACGGUUCUCUACUUCCCUCUUCCGUUCUCCCCACUUCCCGCUUGUCUCUUCUACCUCUCGCCGUCUUCGCUGCAACCUUUCCCCUUCCGCCGCCUCGCCCGAGGAAUGCGAGUUAAAUGAAGAAAGUGACAAAUUCUUGCGAUGGUUGAGACAGAAGGCAGGUUCUGAGAUAUCCUCAGUGUUGUCACUUGAAAAUUCCGUCCAUGGCAGGUCAUUAUUUGCUUCAAAGAAUAUAAAAUCUGGAGAAUGCAUAUUAAAGGUUCCUUAUAUCGCACAAAUAACUUCAGAGAACAUCUCUGGGAAAAUCAAACUGUUACUUCCUCGUGACAUUGAAAAUGUAUCACGACUUGCAGUAGUUCUUUUAGCAGAAAAAAAACAUGGAGAGUAUUCUGGAUGGGCGACCUAUGUCAAUAGUCUUCCUUCCGUAGAUGAGAUGCAUAAUGCAAUUUUUUGGAGCAAAGAUGAACUUGAGAUGGUUCAAGAAAGCGCAAUUUAUCAGGAAACUAUCAACUUGCAAGCUCACAUUAAGAAGGAAUACUCAGUGCUUGGACCAGUUCUAGAACAGUUCCCUUAUGUUUUUGGUGAUGUUCAUUUGAUGGAUUUCAUGCACGCGUAUGCUCUAGGCAUUUAUUCUGCAAUUCUGCAUUUGCAAAGGCACAUUUUUCAAGGAGCAAAUGUGCAGUUCUGCUACUUGAAAGUUACCUCACGGGCAUGGGACACCUCCAAGGGUGUAUCUUUGAUCCCAUUUGCAGAUUUUCUUAAUCAUGAUGGCACGUGUGAUGCAGUCUUACUAAGUGAUGUACACAAUGAAAUUUCUGAGGUUAUUGCUGAUCGGGACUAUGCUGUCGGUGAACAGGUGAUGAUUAGAUAUGGCAAGUUUUCUAAUGCUACACUGCUUCUGGAUUUUGGUUUUACUCUUCCAUACAACAAAUAUGAUCAGGUCCAGCUUUUGUUGGAUAUACCUUCACAUGAUCCCUUAUAUGGAAUGAAGUCUGAGAUUCUGAAGAAGCAUUGUUGGCCAAGGACGACCACAAAUGCUGAUAAAUCCAACACUACUGGAAAUUCCUUUAUUGUCAAGGAAGUCAAAUCUGCUAAUGGAAAAGGGAAGGGUAUUCCACAAGCCCUCCGUGCAUUUGCCAGGGUUCUAUCUGCUACAUCAGUUGAAGAACUACAAUCUCUGGUCACUGAGGCUACCGAAAAUGAUGGUCGGCUAGCUCGGCUCCCUUUAAAGAGCAAUGAAAGGGAGAUUCAGGCACAUCACAUCUUGUGUUCUCGACUUCUGCACAUGAUUCAUGGUCAUGACGUUGCUCUGAAGGAACUUAAAUUUGUGGAUGCUUUUGAUUGUAAUAACCAGCAAUCUCUUAGGACUCGAAUGGCAAAGGAUCUUCUUAAUGGAGAGCUUCGAGUGAUGAAGUCCGCCUAUGCCUGGUUGACAAAUUACUGCACAAGUUUGUCGGUGCCUAAGGAGAUAUAUACUUCAUCUUGAGAGUUGCAUGAUCUAUGUCGACACGACACUUGAGUCCAGAGUUCAUGGGCAGAGAGUUCCUGGGCAGUGAUGUAUGCAUCUUCAUUCCGUUUUUGAGAAACGAAGAAUUAGAGUCAUUUUGUUGCUGUAUAUUUUGAAGGAAAAAGAAAGAAAGAAAGAAGAUUGUUGUGCAUUAAUGGAUAUUUAUUUGGUUUUUGUUUUAGAUGACAACUAUUUGUUUGGAGGUUGCUAAAUCAGAUUUUGAUUGUACGAGGUGAAAAUUCAUUCAGAUAUAAUUUGAUUCUUUUUUUA